UGAUUAAACUGUUACUUAAUCUUAAGCUUACACUUGUAAGAAUUAAGAUUAACUUCAGUCAGAUUAAUCAGUUCAUAAAAUUUCAGUUCAUCUAAUAAUGUAUUAAUUAUCAUCGGAUUAAAAUCCAUUUUUAGCUUAAUCCUGGCUACAGUAUCGCUACCUGGAGAAGAUACAUAGAACCAAUUUUUUGAAAAUAUUGUUUUCUCUCUGGUCGAUAUUUACUGACUGUUUAGUGUUUUUAGUUUAAAUUUGUAUUUAGUUAUUUAUUUUUUAUUAUAAUGUCUUCUUCAACUUCUGGUCGAGUUGGAGAAAUAUUUGCGUUUGCUGGUCAAGCCUUUACGAAAUUAGGAGAGUUAACCAUGCACCUUGAUGCCAAUAAUGUUAGCAUAUCUGGACAAAAAUGGGAUGAAGAGGAUGUUGAAAUGUUCCGAUUGACUGUAAAGAAGUUUUCAGCAGAACUAACCAAACUCUCUGAGAAUGUUUCCAAACCACAAAGAUCAGCUAAAAAGCCAAGUUAAUUUUAUGGAAACAAAUUCGGAUGCAAAUUUUAUCGAAAUGAACCGAGCAAAUGGAAAUAACAAACAUGGAAGAGAAAAGAGUAUUUUUCAUUUAUUUCUUAUCUUUCUUUAAACAUUUUGGUAAAACAAGUGAUGACAAGACUAUGAAAUAAACAUUUGGUUUUGA